AUGGACCAACGAUCAUCUUCCUCCAAGAAGACGGGUGAUGAAUGGGAUGGCCGAGGCAGAUCCCGAAGGCAGCAAUCUUCUCGCCACUCUCGCAGUGAGUCGGAGAACAAGGCCUUGGAUGCUUCCCAGGGAAGCCAGUCCAAAUGGCAGUCGUCAAUCAUGAGUCCUAUCUCAAGACAGAUAUCCAAUACUUUAACGAGGCAGAGAAGCCUGCAGGCUGAAUCACGGCCGGAAGAACGUAGGGGUUUGCCUCAGAAAUUUAACUUAUUUCCGUACCGUCCUCAUUCCUCCAACACGUCGAGACCGCCCUCAACCAGCACUUCAUCGAGUUCUCUCCGUUCGUUAAUGGAUCCGAAUAGUGGUGAUACGCGUUCUGACAGUCGCCCGGGUUCGACGGUAGGUCCGUCACCUAACCCAAGCACCCCGAGAGCCGCGGAAGGAAGCCACCCUGCACCACUGAGCCCUCUAUCGGAAGUCCCACCUUCUUCGCGUCACGACAUGUCGACGAAUCUGCCCGUAUAUCCUGACCAGUCCUACGCCGUCCUGCAAAGACAACAAUACCCUACGCCCUACCCGCCGCCACUCCUUCGCUCACGUAGUUCUUAUCCUUCACAGCACACCUGGUCGUCACAAUCAUCAGGUCAUACCUGGGCUCCAGAUAAUAACGACCGUUCACAAAGUUCACGGACGGCAGGUAACACGCCUAUAUCUAGCCCCGGACUUUUUUCAGCCCAAUUCUCUACAUCUAUGGGGUCCGAAGAUGGCCGUGCUCAUCGGUCAUUACUUCAUCCCACCCACCUACAAGAGCCGAAAGAAACGCACACCGCUGAGGUCGACCGCGACGUACUCACAGGGAAUAAACUUAUCAAUGAGUAUGAAAUUCUUGAUGAACUAGGCCGAGGAGAACACGGCAAAGUUAAGCUGGGCCGCCAUAUGAAAACCGGCCAGAGAGUCGCGAUCAAGAUCGUUCAACGCUAUUCGAAAAGACGCCGGUUGGGGAAACUCGGGAAUCCUGAGGAUAAAGUGAAGAAAGAAGUAGCGAUUCUCAAGAAAGCUCGUCAUCCGAACGUUGUGAGCCUGCUUGAGGUUAUUGAUGAUCCAAAUCAGCAGAAGGUCUACAUCGUGCUAGAAUACGUGGAGAAUGGUGAAAUCAUUUGGCGCAAGAAGGGACUUCGAGAAAUUGUGACUGCUGAUAAACGUCGGCUAAGCCGGGAAAAACAGGGCAUCGCUGAGUCUGCAUCUUUCCUUGAGGAUAGUUUACAAUAUGUUAAGACGAUGCAAAGGCGCCGGCAGCGCAGAGAAAUUAUCCACAAGAAGAAACAGUCGGCAUCAACGCGAAUGGCUGGGAUUCCAGCAUGGAGUUUGGAACAUGGAGGUGAAUCUGAUGAUGAGUAUGGCCCCGAGUACACGAUGCCUUGUCUACCGGUUUCUGCGGACCAGGAACGCCUAACCACCGCAAUCUCGCCAAGUCAUUCUGUAUCGUCUACCAGUGAGUUUGAAAAACGAAUGCGCGAAUCUGCUCUUGCUGCUGUUGAAGGAAGUAUGUACGGAGCCUAUGCCUCGGAUCCUUCUUUGGAACGACGCUUCAGUAUCGCAUCAAAUAUUCUAUCUUGCCAGUCGUCCGAGUCAGAUUGGCCGUCCGACGACGACGAUAUGGCAUACGUUCCAUGCCUAACUAUCUCUGAAGCACGUUCGGCUUUUCGAGACGCUGUCUUGGGUCUUGAGUAUCUCCAUUAUCAGGGUAUUAUACACCGGGAUAUCAAGCCGGCCAACCUCUUAGUUACAUCAGAUCACGUUGUCAAAAUAUCAGACUUUGGUGUUUCCUAUCUUGGGCGGCCGAUUCGGGAUGAUGAGGAAGAACAAAUAGCUGAAACCGAUGCCGCUGAGUUGGAUGAUGCGCGUGAACUUUCAAAGACCGUUGGAACGCCAGCCUUCUAUGCACCCGAACUUUGUUACACUGGAACCGAAUUCGAGGACAAAAUUGGCAAGGUUCCUAGGAUUACAGGCGCUAUAGACGUUUGGUCGUUGGGUGUCACUCUCUACGGAAUGAUCUUCGGGAGACUUCCUUUCCUUGCGGACGAUGAGUACGGUCUAUUCCACAACAUUGUAAAGGCCGACGUAUUCAUUCCAAGGCAGCGCCUGAAACCAAUUGAAGCCGAGCCCUAUUCUACUCAGAUGCCGACGGUCAUGAAUAGCAAUAAACGAACAGAAGAAGAGCUUGUUUAUGAAUCGAUUGACGAUGAACUCAGGGAUCUCUUCAAACGCCUUCUUGAAAAGGACCCUACGAAGCGGAUCACCUUGAAAGAAAUCAAGCACCACCCUUGGGUCCUUCGAGACAUACAAGAUCCCAAGAGGCUGGAUUGA